GUCAGGUAACACGAAAAAACGACGUCGUUGGCAGUACAGCACUAUUUCCCUAGCCAGAGCACUUGUUGUCCACUGCGUUUGGUGCAAGCGCUUCGUCUAAUUUUUUUCCGGCGAAGGUGCGCGUUUUUCCGAUCAUUAACUGCACGGUGAUUGGAGUUUUGAGAUUCAUUCAUACAUUUUUCUCCUUUUUUUCUUUUUGAUUUAGAAUAAAAAAAUAAAAAUACUUUUAACACAAAACUGUGCUCUUUGAAAAACUGCAAUUUCUUUUUUCUUCUUAUCCUCAAAUCGAGUUCCGGAAAAUAAUAAAUGAGGGUGAAGAAUAACUACAAAAUAUGCUGCACCUUGAUGCGGUUUCCCUAGGGUUUGUUUUGCCUCCGCCGCCAAUCAAAUCGCGCAAACCAACCGCCCCUCACCACCGCCAACCGUCGUAAUCCUCGCCGCCGAUCCAAACCUUGUCCCUCCUCCGCCUCAGCCUUCAGUUUCCGGCCUCCACCGUGCAAUCUCGUCGAUCUUCUGCCACAUAGCAGCUGAGGGUUAUGCAAAUGUUCGUUUAGGUUCCUGUUGCUAGGUGAAGGAGGACGCCGAGGGAUACGAGGAGGAGGUCCAUCUUCUCAACCAUAAGCUCACAAUUGGGAGAUGGCUUCAACUUCUAUCUGAGAUAACUUGGGUAAGCUGGAUGGCAAUGAGUGCAAGUUUAUAUGUUACCUGCGGUGAAACACAUUUGUUUCCUUCGCAUAAUGUUUUUCAAAGAUUCUUGAAUUCUGCCAUUCAGUCCAUCCAGCAAUGUGUUGCUCAAAUUUUCGGCUCCGAACACGAUAUUAUCGAACAUGCCAGUGUUGGUGAUACUGGGCUUAGUUUUUGUGGUAGGAUUUGCUGGGAAGAAGAUAUGGGGCUCUCAUCUACUAAUUAUCUAAUGUCAGCUAUUGGGAGAAAUUGCCAACUAAACUCCAAAGAUUGUUCGUCCUAUGACAUGAGUUCUGGUCAUGAGAAGGGCCAGCAUGCUGUUUUCAAUGCGUUGGAUAAUAUGCUAAAGGGUAGUUUAGAGCGUCUGAAGAUGAUGAGGGAAAAUAUAUCUUUGGUAAAGAUAGGUCUUCGUGGAUAUGCAUGUGAGUAUAGCUACACUGAACAUGCAGCCACUGUUAGGUUGUUGUGCUUGGAAGGUAAGUUGGAAGCAGCUAUACGGCUUCAGAGAAUAAUGGUGCAGAAAGGUUUUCUUCCUGACGUCUUUACCCACAACCAUAUUGUAAAUGGGUUGUGCAAAGUUGGCCUUAUGGAGAAAGCGCAUGAUUGGCUUGUUAGAGAGAUGCUGGAAUUUGGUCCUCUUCCCAACCUUGUCACUUACAACACUUUAAUUAAGGGCUAUUGUACUGUUAAUAGUGUAGAUAAAGCUUUGUAUCUGUACUCCAGCAUGGCAGAUACUGGUAUUCAGCCAAACAGGGUCACUUGUAACAUACUGGUACAUGCAUUGUGUGAGAAUGGUCAUCUGAAGGAAGCUAAAAAGAUGCUUGAAGAAAUACUAAAUGAUGAUAAGGACAUACCUGAUUUAGUUACCUCUACUGUAUUUAUGGAUCACUACUUUAAAAAUAGAGAAUUUAUUCAGGCUUUCAGUCUUUGGAACGAGAUGCGUCAAAAUUCUAUGGAAGUAGAUGUUGUUGCUUAUAAUGUUCUUAUCAAUGGAUUAUGCAAGAAUCAACUGAUGAAUCUUGCAUAUGGAUAUGCAUGUGAGAUGCUUAAGAAAGGUGUACUUCCUGAUGCUUUUACAUAUAAUAUCCUUAUCGGUGCUCUUUGGAAGGAAGGGAAAACUAGAGAAGCUUGCUAUAUUCUUGGAGUUAUGUCUAAGAUGGGAAUUGUGCCAGAUGAAAUUUCAUACAAGGUUAUGAUUCGAGGCCUUUGUUUUGAUAGAGAUAUUGUUAGAGCAAAAGAGUUGCUUUGGUGUAUGUUGAACAAUUUAAUGGUGCCCAAGCCUAUAGUAUGGAACCUAAUAAUUGACUUGUAUGGAAGAUGUAAAGAUGUCAGUAAUGCCAUUUUGACAAGAGAUCUGAUGCUGAAAUUCGGUGUUCACCCAAAUGUCUUUACUUAUAAUGCUUUAAUUCUUGCACACGUGAAGAGUGGAAAUAUCUAUAGGGCUUACUCUCUGAAGGAAGAAAUGCUUACAAAAGGUCUCUUUCCUGAUGUGGUUACUUAUAAUUUGUUGAUUGGUGCUGCUUGUAACUUACGAAGUCAUGAUUUUGCGCUUCAGUUACGUCGUGAGAUGGUUCAAAAAGGGCACAGACCAGAUUUAAUAAGUUAUACUGAACUUGUUAGGGAGUCCUGUAUUAGAGGCAACACGAAAGAGGCAGAAGAGCGUUAUGCGAAAAUACUGAAAUCUGGUUUAAUGAAUGAUCAUGUUCCAGUGCAGAUUCUUUUUAAUAUGUACUGCAAAUUGAAGGAACCAGUCAAGGCAUUUAACUUAUUUCAAGACUGGUUGGAAAGUAAACGGGAUAGUUAACCUUACUAAUCCAGUAUUAUGCUUGUUGUGACUUCAGACAUCACAGAGCAAGCCAUGUUUCCUUGAAAGCUACUCUUCACUUUUAUGAAAUUCAGACUUUCAUUUAAAUGUUGGUUGUUUUCAGGCUGUGGCUCAUGAUAACAAACACUCCAGUGACUUGUAGGUCCUUUUAAUGGGAUGCAGCAUUCUUCCCAACUUCAGAAGAUGUUAUCAGCAGAUAAAAGUGGAAGUAUAAAAUGAGUUUAAGGUUCAGUAUGCUUCUUCUCAG